AUGAUUUCUUUGUUUGUUGCUGUUGCGAAUGUGGGUAAGAGAUGGGAAAAUCUCAGUACACUUAACUUGAAUAUAAUGGAUCGAAAUUUAUUUUUUGGUUAUGAAAUGUGUCGUUCCAACGAAGCUCAGAUAAAUAAGACAGAACAAUUUAGGAUGAAUGGUGCUGAUCUUCCUGACGAGUCCUAA